GCGGGAAAAACUACAAGGUCCAGAGGCCCACGGGGCACUAGUCCUUCCGGUGGUGCCUGGAUGUACCUGGACUCAGUGGAGAGUCGCUCUCAGCCAGAGAGGAGGGAAUCAAAGUAUUUUAAAUGGAGAGAGAGGGGUAACAGAUUUUACAUGAAUGUUUUCACACAUUUCUGACUGAUUUGGUGCCCUGCAGACUUCUAUCAUUUUCUGUAGCCUUGUCUGCUAUAUGCUGAGAUGUAUACAUUACUGUCUGGGCUGUGGAAGUACAUGUUCCAAAAGGAUGAAUACUGCAUUCUUAUUCUAGGAUUGGACAAUGCAGGCAAAACUACCUUCCUGGAACAGACAAAGACUAAAUUUAGCAGAAACUACAAAGGAAUGAAUUUAUCAAAGAUCACCACUACAGUUGGCUUAAACAUUGGCACCAUUGAUGUUGGCUCAGCACGCCUCAUGUUUUGGGACCUUGGAGGACAAGAAGAACUCCAGUCAUUAUGGGACAAGUAUUACGCAGAAUCCCAUGGUGUAAUAUAUGUCAUUGAUUCAACCGAUGAAGAAAGAUUAUCUGAAUCAAAAAUAGCUUUUGAGAAAAUGAUCACAAGUGAGGUGCUAGAUGGAGUUCCGUUGUUGGUCUUGGCUAACAAACAGGACAUCGAGACCUGUCUCGCGGUUGGAGAUAUAAAGACGGCUUUCAGUGACUGUGCUCCAAAAAUAGGGAAGAGAGACUGCUUGGUGCAGCCAUGUUCUGCCCUUACGGGGCAAGGUGUAAAUGAUGGCAUUGAAUGGAUGGUCAAAUGUGUGAUCAGGAACAUUCACAGACCACCAAGGCAAAAGGAUAUCACAUAAAGAUGUCACAUAAAACCACUCCAUAUUAGACUGGUUAUAAAUCGCGUUUCAUCAGAACUGUCAAGUAAAGGUGGAAUCGGAUUUGUGGAACUCCAACUUUUACAAGUAACACCACACCUGAAGAUAAUUACCAUUUGAUAUUUGUGGGGUUUUUUUCACUUCAAACACCUCGUACUUUGUGGAUUUCUGUACCUUUUUGCAUGUGUUAUUUUGCAUGCAUUGAGAACGUCAUUGUAAUAUGUCCAAAUGCAUCAUAAUGGCUGUCACCAGUUUAGAAAGAAGUUUUUCCUCCCACCCAAUUGUUUUGCUUUUUUUUCUUCCCCCUAUGCUCUAAAAGGAAGCUUCAUGAUGACUUCAACAUAUUGAUAGGAGCACAAUAAUCAAUAAUCACAAGAUUCCCCCCCCCCCCCCCCCCCCCAAUGGGUGUCACGGUGGCGCAGCGGUAGAGACCCGGGUUCAACCCUGACUACAAGUGCUGUCUGCACGGAGUUUGUACGUUCUCCCCAUGACCUGCGUGGGUUUAUCUUCAGCUGCUCUGGUUUCCUCACGCCCACCAAAUACGGACAGGCUUGUAGUUUAAUUGACUUUGGUAAAUUUGUAAGUUGUCCCUAGUGUGUGUAGGAUAGUAUUAGUGUGCGGAGGUCGUUGGGCCAAAGGGCCUGGCUCCACGCUGUAUCUCUAAACUAAACUCAAUUGCAAUACAGCAGUCCUUUCCUGAAGCAUGUAUGGAUCAUAGCGGGAUGGGCAUAUAAUCGAACUUUGUCUUCUCCAAUCAGCCCAUAAACGUCUGAUAUUGAUAUCUGAUCAAAGUUUGUCCAGCAAGGGACAAAAUGGGUUUAUCGCCUGUCAAAACAAGGGAAAAGCUGAGUAAUAGAUGGGGCACAUUGGUUCACAUCAGAGUGGUACUUCAUAUCUUGGUUUAUGAUGUUUUACAAUGUAACCUGAUAUGUAAUUUGAUUUUCAGGUGUAUUUAAUUCCAUUUAGAAACAAAAAUAUACAGGGUUAACCUAUUUUCCAGGAAAGAUCUGAGAUAAUUUACAAUAACAAAAUCAUUGCAAUGGAAAUACUAUUAAUCGAUCCAGAGUACACGAGAUAAGAUUGCAACAGGAUGGACUAGAUAUUUUAAAUAAAUUGUGUAAAAGCUGAAUAGAUUAUUUCUCUGAGCGCUUCAUCCUAACACUUUGUGAAUCUCUGAACUCGAUGAAACCCAGGAAUGCAAUGAGCACUUUUUUUUAAAUCUUUCUGCUGUCUUUGACGUUUGAAACAUUGGAGUUAACACUUCCUUUUUCUUUGUGUCCAAUUAAGAACAGAUGCAACUGAAAUUGUGUAGCUGAUCCUGGAAAAAGGCAUUGUUCUUUCAGUUUGGUUCAUCACAAGGAUUGAGGCUAAAUAUCUAAACUACAUUCAUACUUUCCUGAGACUUUAAUUUGCGCUACUAAUAUUUAUAUUUCAAGUUGUGAUCCAAAAAUGUGGAUGGCAUCGACUGCCAAAAUUGGGUUCCGAUUCUUAUAUUUUCUUUUGUACAGAUCCACCACUUUUUUUCUUUUCUCUCCGACACCCUUAGUUCCAGAGCCUUGUCUAGGUUUACGCCUUUGUCAGACUAAUGGAGGUCACUGCCUCUGAGAGGAGUCCCAAUAGUCCACCUAGGCUGCCCUGGCACCGAGAUACCGGCCCGCAAAGUUGGCUGGGGAAGUCGGCUGUGGGAAUAGAUCUGCCGCAUCCGGCCGGGCCAGAGUUUCAGAGUCCCAGCCACGGAGGCAAAUUCAACCCGCCAACUGGCCACAGAGCCUCACCCAGCCUGGGCGCCACAAAUGGGAGGAGAUUUCAAGUGCAUUCUUGUAAUUAGGACCACCAUUUGCCAGAGGAUCGGUGGUGAGCCCCGGGUUCCUGCUUCAACUCAAUCAUACGGUGAUCUCAGAUGUAAUGCAUUCCAUUUUGUAUUCAACAAAUAAAAAUGCUUCUUGAUUCAAGAUGUCCGAUUCAAUA